UAUGAUAAUCACAAUGGUGAUGGUGGUGGUUUGCAGCAGUAAGAGAUAUAGAGUGACGAAGGUAACUCUAUCCAUCUAACAAAAAAAAAAAGAAAAACCUGACGUAAAACAAACCGUCAUUAAUUUCUGUUCAGUUGUGUUCAGUGACAAAAUUUUCUCUUGUCGUCAACGACAGAAGCCGUAUAAAUACAAAUAUAUAUUGGAGUGUGUUCGUGUUUGCUGAAUAUUAUGGUAUUGAAGCGUCAAGUGGAUAACUUAUUCACUGGGAACAUGGCCAGCGAGCAGCCAACACUGGCCAACUUCCACCUGUUUGAAGGGGAUUUUGCAGUGGUUGGUGUCAAUGAAUUCAGAAAAGAAUGGAGACAAAUAGCCAAAGGUAACAUGAGGCACAACACAUUCUUGGAGGGAAUGUUACUGAAAAGUGUCGAAGCUCGACCACUAUUUCCUUACAUAGACUAUGCAGUUCUUGAUUGCCCAGACCAACCUGUCGACUUGAACAACUAUUUCCCAAACUAUGAAAUUGUAGGUGGACAACGAAGAGUUAUUGAACCUGUAAAAACAUCCAAUGGAAUUAGAGCAGAUCCUUACUGUCAGGUUGACUGCGUUGGCCGACAUGGCAUUGCUGAUCUUCCUAAACGACCCAUGAACACCUCAACAACUUAUUUCUUUUCGGCUUUCCAAACAGAAGGCAACCUCUCGACUCUGGAGAGGACAUGGCGCAGCUGGAGUGGUGCGGAUUAUCUGCUGUGGAAAUGUCCCGAUGAGUUGAAACUCAACCGUAUCACAUUAUACAAGAAAGUACACCAGGACACAAAAUUUACUUUCCUUGUUCUGUGCGAGUGCAGUGAAGGACUGUCACACAUACAUAAGGCAAAGGACUUCUUAGAGAGACUAAAAGAGAGGCGGUGUGGCUAUGUCAGUCUAUAUCGAGUCGAUCGGUUCUACUGAUUCAUUGGUGCCAGGGGUGGGGAUGGGGGUGAAAGGAAAGAAUUUGUAAGACGGACAACAUGCAUAUACUACCUUGAACUUUGCCCAGUUGUGCAAUUUCUGUUGAGUAUAAUGCACCGAAAUUCUACACACAAAUACACGCACAUCUGUGCACACACACAUAUUUACAUAUUCCAAUGUUACUUUCUUCAAUGAAUGUGGAACAGAGUAUUUAGUACCUGCUGUAAAGUAUAUGCUUUUUUUCAGAUGAAACCUCUUUGUUACAACUCAAGCUUCAUACUACUGCAACCAUUAGGGAAGAACUAGUUUUAUACCAAGUGACCAGUUCUCACCCGAUGAUUGCUGUAGCAUGAAACUCAAUUUGCAGAAAAGGAACUCAGUCUAAAUAAACUAUAUAUUUACAUGUAUAUUAAAUGUGUGAAUGUGUGUACAUACUUAUGUAUACCCCCACCCCACCCACACACACACAUUUGUGAAUACAUAUAUGCAUAUGUGUACAAAUGUAUAGGUAUUGAUAUGUGUGUGAGUUUGGUAACUAAAACAUCAAACAUUUUCCUCAGACAUUUUUUCACCCAUACAGCUUGCAUUGUAGGGGAGAUAAGCUGUUUCUUUCCAUGUGUUUUCAUAUAUAUGUACAUAUAUUUAUACCAAACACACAGACUACAUAUAUACACAUGCACACACGCACAUACACACAUGAUGACAUAUGCACAGACUUCAUAUUUUCUCCCUAAUAACAAACAUGUAUCAAGGACUAUUAUGUAUUUCACCCAAAAAUACAUAAACAUUAUUCCAUGUGUGUGUAUAUAUAUAUCUGUGUGUGUGUAUGUAUACAUAUAUAUAUAUAACAGGAAUCUCAAUCCUCAAACAAAGAUGUCCAUUAUGAGUUUAACAUGUAGAGUUUAACAUGUACAAACACACAUAUUUUUCCAUUUUACCUAUAUAAAUAUAUAUACAUAUUUAUAUUUAUAUAUAUAUAUAUAUAUAUAUAUAUAUAUAUAUAUUAUAUAUAUAUAUAUAAUAUAUAUAUAUAUAUAUUGAUAUAUAUUGGUAUAUAUAUAUAUAUAUAUGAAUUUCCAAGAUUUCAAAGUUCUUAUUUGGUGAUUGAGAUAAGUUUAUUUUUGUCCUUAGUCUAUGAGAACAUGGAUUCAGGCUACUAAUAGACUCCAAAAUUUCUUUUUGUUUUUUAUACACACAUACACGCACACAUAUAUAUUUUGCAGUGACUGUGAGUGGGUGCAUGUAUGUAUAAUGUGCACUAACUCACGUAUUUGCAUAUAAGCAACAGGGGCUGACAAAAAGUUAUGAUGAUCUUCUUUAAAUAUAGCUCAACUUUUGAUUACCAUCAUUAUAAUCCACCUGGAACUGUGUCUCACUCCAAGAAGUGAGACAGGGCUCUCUAGGAGGGGAGUACACCUUGAGAGGUACUCCCACCUUUUGCUUUUAAUUUAUAUUUAUGAUAAAAAUAAUAAUGAUGAUAAUGAUGAUGAUGAUGAAUAUAUAUAUGUGUGUGUGUAUAUAUAUAUAUAUA